UGUGCAGCAGCGCCCCUCCCCUCUCCGCCGUUGCUGUUCCAGGUCGCGUGACCGGAAGCUGCCGGAGUAGUGUGCCCGUGACGUCAGAAGGAAUCCAAAAAAACGGCCCCUCGCCUCGCUUCCCGCGCUGCCGCCGAUAAUAAUAACUAGCCCCCCUCGCCAAGUCGCCAGAGCCACCCGCUCACUCAGCAGCCUGUGCCGCCGCCAGAGAGGAGGACGAGAGUCAGCGCAGCAGCAGCACCGCCCCGGGCCCCCACCAUGGAAACCGCUCAGCUCUGCAAGCUCUUCAUCGGGGGGCUGAACGUGCAGACCACCGAGGCCGGGCUGCGGGGACACUUCGAGGCGUUCGGCCAGCUGACCGACUGCGUGGUGGUGAUCAACCCGCAAACCAAGCGCUCCCGCUGCUUCGGCUUCGUGACGUACAGCCAAGCCGAGGAGGCGGACGCCGCCAUGGCCGCCUCGCCACACGUGGUGGACGGCAGCAACGUGGAGCUGAAGCGCGCCGUGUCCCGGGAGGACUCGGCCAUGCCCGGCGCCCAUGCCAAGGUGAAGAAGCUGUUCAUCGGCGGCCUGAAGGGCGACAUCGAGGAGGGCGACCUGCUGGAACACUUCUCGCAGUUCGGCCCCGUGGAGAAGGCCGAGAUCAUCGCCGACAAGAUGUCCGGCAAGAAGCGCGGCUUCGGCUUCGUCUACUUCACCAACCACGACGCCGCGGACAAGGCGGCCGUGGUCAAGUACCACCCCAUCCACGGGCACCGGGUGGAGGUGAAGAAGGCCGUCCCCAAGGAGGAUAUCCAGGGCGGCUCCGCCAGGCCGUUCCGCGGAGGGCGCGGCCGGGGUGGCAGCGGUGGUGGUGGUGGCUCCCUGAACGGCUUCUCCGGGGGAGGCCGCGGCGGGGGAGGAGGUGGAGGAGACAGCUUCGGGGGCUACGAGGGCUACGGCGGCCCCAGCUACAGCUCGUACGGCGGCUACAGCGACCAGGGCUCCUACGGCAACGGCUACAACAGCUUCGGCAGCUACAACCAGCAGCACCAGUCCUCGUACGGGCCCAUGAAGGGCGCCGGCAACAGCAGCUGGGGCGGCCGCAGCAGCAGCAACAACGCGGGGCCCUACCGGGGCGGCUACGGAGGUUACAGCGGGGGCGGCUCGUACAGCGGGGGCACCUUCUAGACUGACACCCCCCCUGCCUGCCCCCCACUCUGAUACAUCGCGCUGUCUCCCCUGCAGCGGAGGCCGCGGCCGCCUGGACUCACGGUUGGUGAUAGUGAGAGUGGACUGAGCCAUGGCCGGCUCCCCAGUCCCUGGAACUGUCCCGCUUACCCCCCCUCCCCUCUUCCUCCGCCGCUUUGUCCUUCUUCUUUUCUUACGCUAAUCUGACUUUUCUGCACAUCCAGGCCGGGAGGAGACCCGGGGAACCUGUUCAUGGGCCAGUGAUUUGUUGGGCGAGUUUCAUAACCAGGACUAUUUUAUUUUAAAAUAUAUUUUUUUUCUUCUCUCCAUUGUUUUACCUGUUGUCUAUAAAUAGGGGGCUGCAUGUUUGUUUCACAAAAGUUGCCUAUAGUAGUUUGCGGAGUGACCCCAGAUAGUUCCAGAUGGUGGAUUUUGUUUUAUUCUUUAAAAUGACUUUUUUUGUUUGUUUCUUUGUCCCCCUCUACCGGAUGUACUUUGCAUAGACCCCUUCCCCCCUCCUCUAAUUUCAGGUGUCUAUUACAUGAUGAUCUAGUUAUACAACACUUUAUGUAAUUUUUUGUAGUAUUUUUUUUUUUUUCAUUGCUAUUAAACAAAAAUCCAAAUUGACUCCAGAUGUGAUAUUCCAUUAUUGUGAUAAUUUUUGCUUAGAAUCUUUCAACUUUAAGAUUGUGACUUUAACGUUUUUUUUUUUUUUUGUUUUUUUUUUAAAUAGAAGAAACUGUGCUGCCAUUAAUUUCAAUGACCACUCAGUCUGAAGAUUGAAGUUACUGUAUGUUAGAUCUGCCAGUUACAUUCACAAAUAAAAAAAAGUUUUGUUUUUACAUCUA